AAUGUUUAUGAGGUUUUACUACUAUUUAUACUAGCACGAUCGAUAACCUCUUUGCGCCUUCUCUCGCUCACGUAUACAAGGACGGAUGAGACAAUUGCAUGGGAUCACAACAUGGCGAUUAGGUAUUUGGAAAAUCACCACAGACCAGCCAUGUCUCAUUUUGUAAGCAAAACAAAAGUUCGAAGAAUAAAUAGCUAAGAAAAGCUCCCACGCUCGACUAUCAAGGCCCAUCGUUCUACUCUUCUCUCCGGCGCCAGAGGAGCUCGAGCUCGCCGGCGUCGGGACUCUCCGUUACAUCUCCGUGUUACUACCGUCUCUCCUAGCAUUUUCAUAGUCUGUGUUUUCGCCUGCUGCCUCGCUUCCGUUUUGCUGUGUGCUUUCUCCGUCACCACUCAUCUUGCUCGCCGUCUCAUCGUCAUUUCGUCUGCUCGGAUCUGUGUAGCCGUUUCUCAUCUCAGGGCGUGGGUAAGAGCCGGAUCUGUUCAGUCAGUGAGUAAGCUCACCGGAUCUGUUCGACUCUUCGUCACCAUGGCAACGCCGUCUCUGAUACGAGCCAAGUCUCUUCCUCCACCAUCAGAUCUAUCGCUCACUUCACCUACUCUGGUCUCCCGUCGCCGCGCUUCUCCAACCGGAAUCUUUCGCCGACGAGAUAGACCCAUCACCACCGUCACCACCACGCCGUGUGCUUUGCGUUUGUGCUUCUCUCCUGUUCUUAUCCUCAAGCCCGGCUCUCCCUCUGUAACACCGUCUCAACCCCCACAGGACAGCAAGUACUCCGUGCUCAGCCCGUUCUCGACUAGGCUCACCGGACUCACGACGACAGCUCCCUCCGACGACGCCUCCUGCUCCGACGGCGCAUUGGGUGCGAUUAUUUGCCAAAGGAAAACCCUAAUCUUAGUGGGCCUUAUGGGCUUGGGCCUGGCCACAAGGAGUUCAGCUACCAACCUUUUUUCCAAACGAUACAUUUGCUUUCACUCGUGGACAUGGGCAGUGUGCAUAACUAAAAUCACCGAAUCUAUGCUUAGCACCGGUUCACCUAGCCGGCCCCUCCCUCUUGUGUAUCGCCCUUCCCCAAACCCAAAGGUACUUUCGUGUGGUCUCCUACCACAAUUCCCUCCGUCUGUGUCCAUACGCUUUGUAGUGUCAAUUUCAAUUAUGGAACUGGAGAUGAUGUUAGACCUAUCCGGCUCACCGGGCGUUUCACUGAAUUUGCUUUCUGAUGUAUAUGAGAUUCUCAUAGUCUUUUCAGAGAUCACUGAUGGAGAUAGAGCUGUUUGUUUACUGAACUAUUUAGCUAGUUCUAGAUGUUCUUUGGGCUGUUCAGCCCUCUCACAAACCCAUUCGCUUGGGUGUAUCAACGUCGUUUACGACAAUGGCAAGCUUGUUGGAGCUUUCAUUUCAGGGAUACAAGUGAAGAUCAUCGAAAGAUUUCUUCACAUUGAGCUAGCCUCUCCCACCAACAUUUCUAUCUUAUGUUUUAGUGUACUCUUUGUUGUUCAUCUGACCGUUGAGAUUAACUCCGGUUUUAUCGUCUUACCGUCGAGCACGGUUGUAACCACUUAACUUUUAAAUUUUAAUAUAUUACGUUGACAAAAAAAAA